AUGGCGGACGGGAUGAAGGAGAUGACGAGUGAGGCUAGGAAGCCAAGAACUGUGAAGAGAGCAGAGCAACUCGCCACCUUGGACACCGUCCGAUGGCCGCUCCGGUCCUGGCGGCAAACACCGCUCCUGGUCCUCAUGGCAAUGAGGGCCAGUGGCAGGAGCCCAGCUCAUCGCAAGACCGCCGAGUUGUCACAGGCUGACGAAAAAGUACCCGCUGCCUUUUUCUCCGGACAGCGUCCCCUGUCUUCUCUUAGAUGGGAUAGCAGCGGUGUUCAGCACAAUCCGCUGGCCGCUCCGGAGUCAAGACCGUGUCUCGUCGGUCUCGUCGGGAACGCCUCGGCAGGUCGUGCGAGGCCGCAAGGACCGGAGCGGCCGACUGUGAGGGUGUCCAAGCAUAAAUCGCCAAGCCCAAUGCAAAAAAAGUGCUCUCUUACAUCUCAGCAAAGUUUUCCUUUAAUGUCCACCCGAGGCCGAUCCAUGGCUCUUAGUCCAAAUUCAAUCGUAGUGAGAUAA